AUGAUGUCUAUUGAUGAACAAGGAAUUUCUCUCGUCCCAAAAAUCAGUGGUGCAAUGGCUGAACCUUCCAUAAUCCACUCUACUAUAAGACUCUUUUACAGUCACGAUUUCAACAAUGUUAUGACUUGUGCUGGACCUGGGAUCUCUCUUUGGGAGCCAACAGCAUCACUCUCCAGGGAUGUAAUACUUUACACUGAUGAGGAUGAACAGUCCAGAUGGAACACAAUAGGUGAUAGCUUGCUUCCCAUUGAGCUCUGCGAUUGGGCUGAUAUCAUGGUUAUUGCCCCAUUAUCAGCAAACACACCAAGCAAGAUUGCUAAGGGAUUGUGUGACAAUUUGCUCUCCUUUGUUGGAUAUGCAUGGGAUUUUAGCAAGCCUUUAUUUGUUGCACCGGCCAUGAACACCUUGAUGUGGAACAAUUUGUUCAUGCAAUGA